GGUAAAUUAAGUACUCAGCAUCAAGUAUUUCAACUUUUUUGUUUGAUGGGGAAUAAAUAUAUUUUUUCAAAAUUCUUUUUUCGAAAAGAAAAUGAGUUUUGUAUUUCAAGCUAGAAAAUGUAACUUAGACUUCAAGUAUGCAAGACUAAUGUUUGAUACGAGUCAUGUACUUAAACGUAGUAUUUCAUUUCCGAUAAUCUUUGAAAAAAAACUGCAUACUGUUCACCAAAAUACCUGCAGCAGCUGUAAAAAAAAAGAAUUUUUUAUCGGACAAAGGUUGAAUACUGAAGAUCGUGUAACAGAAUACAAAAGAGGCUCCGGCAACUAUAUGGCCAAUACGUUUAUAAAUCAUUUUAGAAAAUAUGUUUGUGCAUUUCUAAACAGUGAAGGUGGUCGUUUACUUGUUGGGGUUGGUGAUGAUUGCACCGUUUAUGGAAUUGUUUGUUCUAAUAAGCAAGAAGAUCAAAUACGUUGCCAAAUUGAUCACGUAGUUCAAAACUUCUAUCCUCAUGUGCUCCCUCAUCAUUAUAAAAUUGAGUUUAUUCCAGUUAAAACUCAUGGUUCUAACAAAUCAAUCAAAGAACUUGAAAAUGAUUCUUUGUUAAAAGUUUUAGAAAUUUCGGUUUAUAAGCCAAAUUUCCCAAAAUGUCUUUACAUUAAUGACAAAGAUGAAAUUUAUCUACGAAGAGAUGGAAGUGUAGAAGGUCCGUUAAAAGCACCUCAAAUUUUGGAAUGGUUCAAGUCAAAUUACUUGUAUAAAUAUAAUAUAGACACCUCUUACGAAGAUACCACUAAAGACGGAAACAAACUACCAACAGUAGAAGAUUAUGAAAGACUACGCAACGAUUUGAUAAGUUAUCAAAAAGCAAUUGAAGGUCAGCUAAAAUUUCUUCAAGAUUCUAACAACUGUAACCACAGCAACCAUUUUGCAAUUACAAAAAGACUUCAAAAAAUUAAUUCCGACAAUGUCAACUCUACAUUAAAUAAGUUGCCUAAUUUUCAAAGUUCGUGUACGUUGCUAUGA